AUGUCGACCGUCAGUACACCGAAAAGGCGAUUAGCCCAGGUCGCCGGGCAGAUUGCCCAGCCUCCUGUCAUUGAGGAAGGGACGUACAAAGGGAUGCCUCGAGUUGCACGGAGAGCUGGAGACUCGGUAGGACAGCGCGCCCAGGGAAAAGUGGUCAUCAUCACUGGCUGCAAUUCGCCGCUUGGGAUGGGUCGAGCAACUGCCCAUCAGUAUGCUCGGAAUGGUGCUCGAGCAGUCUACAUCUGUGAUUACGUGGAUGAAUACCUGAAUCUGCACGUAGAAGAGUUGAAUGAACUCUAUCCCAACGUGGGUGUGCAUGCACGAAAAUUUGAUGCGGCGGAUGAAGCUGCAACCAAGGAAGUCGUAGCACAUGCUCUGGAAACCUACGGACAGCUGGAUGUAUUCUUCGCCAACGCAGCGAAUUCAGGAACUUGGAAGGAAGUUUGGAAUACAGAUGUCGAGGAGUUUGAGCGAACUAUGAGGACGAACUUGACGAGUGUCUUCCUCGCAGUAAAACAUGCAGGCCCGGCAAUGCAGGUCACCAGCAAAGACAAGCCUUAUUCCAGCGGCUCUAUCAUCGCUACUGCUUCAACUGCUGCUCUCCGAUCGAACGGAGGGACAACUGAUUACAGUGCCUCUAAGGCUGCAGUGGUUAGUCUUGUGCAAACAGCGUGUUUCCAAUAUGCCGGCCGGAAUAUCAGAUGCAAUGCUAUUGCUCCGGGGAUGACACGAUCUGGCAUGACGGAACCGGUUUUCUAUGGCCCAGCGCGAGAAAGGGGCACGCUUCAUAAGGUUGGCCAGCUAUGCCCUCUUCGACGGGGCGCAGUGGCAGAUGAGAUUGCGAGAGUUGCACUCUUCCUAGGGACCGAUGAAGCUAGUUAUGUCAAUGGCCAAGUUUGGGCAGUGGAUGGUGGUUUGAGUUCUGGACUACCUUAUAUGUUAGGCAGUGUAGCGUGA